CUCUCUCUCAUGUCCUUGCCAUACAAACAACUAUCAGAUGAUUAUAAUAUAUUAUAGAAAUAAUUGAAAUCAUUCGGAUGAUAGCAUUUGACCGCCGCCAAAUGCCCCUUGUUUACAAGUUUGAUACAGCCACAAGUUAUUGGAUUCCCACUUUUCUCUUCUUAAAAAUACUCCACCCAUUCACACGCAUCAUAUAAAGUUUAUCUAUUCACAGGUCAUAACCAAACUUUCAAACCGUACUCUUUGAACUCUAGUUGCACACACACACACAAACACAAAGUUUACAUAUCAAUCGUUUGUGUAAUAAUUGUCAAUGGUACUUUUGGUACAGAAAUUUGCAAAACUCUACAGCAAGCUGGAGAAUCACCACCAUCACACUCAUCAUGAUUCUGAGGAAUUAUCAGUUUCCUUGCAGGAUUUCCGAUCUCAAGUUUCAAAAUUCGUUGGCCAAUUACGAUUGGAUUUGAAACCCGGAUCAGAGACCCUUUCCUUGUCCUGGAUUGAAAAGUGUUUUGGACUCUUAUCCGUCAUCAACAAGGCUUUUGCAAAGCUUGUUGUGGAAAUUGAUUAUCCGAUGAGUAGUUGGGAGGCUGAUUCUAUUGAAGGGUAUCUCAGCUACAGUUUUUGUUUGUUGGAGCUUUUCAAUUCCCUUUCGUCUUCUCUUUCUCAUAUUGGACAAGCUAGGCUUUCUUUGUCUCAUGGAUUGAACCUGUUGGAGAAUUCAUCCUCUUCGGCCAAAAAGCAUCUGAAAGCAAUUCAACCAGGUUGUUUCAGUACCAAGUUUGGUGAAGAAUUUUGCACACAAGUUGAUAAAGCAAGGUUUUUUUCUGGCAAAGAAUGGGCUGUUAAUGAAGCUGUGAAGGAAAUGAAGAGUAUUGGGUUUUGGGUAUGUGGGAUUCUGUUGACUGGUUUGCACAGUGAUGGAAAGCCAUACAUGGAGCUAAAGAAAAUGGCAAGUGGGUUUGAUGGUUCUGCAGUUUUCCCUCUUGAUUGCAAAAUCGGUGAAGAGUUAAUGAAGAAAAAUCCUAUCUUGAAGGAGGUGAAAGAGCUGAAUGAUGCUGUUGGUGAUCUUGUUGUUGCUUCAGAUGAAGUGAAGCAUGGCAUAGCCAAGGAAAUGCAGACAAAGUUGCAAGUGUUGGAGAAGCUAUCUGAUGUUAUAAAAGCAGAGGUGGAUGAUAUGUUUAACAAGGUAAUGACUCAGAGAACUGAGUUAAUUGAUUGUUUACGACUGAGGAAACAGCCAUGAAAAUCCGUUUCUUGAUUGCUGUAGGUUCUGUAAUGUUUCUAUAUUGUUUGAUUCUCGUGAAGUCAUGUAAAUAUCAAAUACCCAGGAUUUCUUUGCACAAUAGUCUGUAAUUGUUCAACAUAUAUAUCUGUAAGAAUAGUCAAGAAUAUGAAUCAAAUGAUUAUAAUUUCAAUAGCUUAUCUCAUAUUUUAUUGCUUUAAUCCCAAGAUUUUUGUUUUUUCGGUUAAGACAUUAAGCAUGCCUUAAAGAAGCCCCAGACAUAAUGGACAUUGGAGAGGAAGUGAGGGGUUUAUUUUAUUUUAUUUUAUUUUACCUUGAUUUGAAAAGAAAACAAUUUUAGUCAGGAAAAACUGUUUCAGGGAAAAUGAGUUCCCUCCACAUCCUUAU